UUAAGAUAUAGAUCUUGUAUAUUUAUAAAUAUAUUAAUCACAUUCCUAAUCAGCGUUUUAUUUAUUUUAAACGAUCUCGUAUCUCCAGUGAACAUAUCUAGUAUUAAUUUAGAGGUGUAGGACUAAAUCAAUUAAAAUGGAUUUGAGGCGUCUGACGCAAAGAUAUUUAAACAGUGUUUUACCAGUUACUCAGACGUACGAUGAAAUACUUAAGACAAAAUUGGUGUGUGGGAAGUUCCCCCUUACAGUAGCAGGAUUGAUAAAGUCACUUGGGAUGACAGUUCUUCUGGCAGCAGUCUCGUUAUUCUUAGCGUGGCCCAGGUGCGCAAAUACUUCGAACUGGUAUCCGGUAUUCCUUCCGGUCGCUGCAGGACUCUCUAUUUUAGUGCAACUCUUUUUCUAUAUGAUAUUUUCCUUUGGAGUCACCGUGUCUAAACCGUUGUUUUGGAUUAAAUGUGAUGUCUGUUCUAAUCUCUUAUUGUCUUUUAUUACAAUGGUGGCUUCUUGGAUGUCAUAUUUUGAUUGUAUUGCCACAUUGGUGAACAGGAUACACACUAUCUUAUGUUUUACUGGGAGUCUUAUAAUUAUUAUAAGCUGUGGAGCAAUACUACUGAUGUAUAGGCAUAAAAAGGAGGUUGUAUUGAAGCCCAGAGAACGUCCAGUAGGAGAUGCAAAUGUAGCUGUAGCUUAACACAAUUUUUAAAAUAUCAAGAUAAUUUUAUUUAUUGAAUAGUUUGUAUUUUUUAGAAA